AUGCGCUUUACUACUGCUAUUGUGGUGCUUGCCACCAGUGCAAUUGCUAGAGCUCAACUAUCCAAUAUCCCGCAAUGCUCUCUCACCUGUUUCACUACGGCCCUCGGCGGAGAUGGCUGCUCUGAACUGACGGACUUUGCCUGCCAUUGUCAAAAGCCUGGCCUUGCAGCAGAGAUUGUGCCCUGCAUCAAUAAAGCCUGCGAUGUCCCAGACCGGAAAGAUACAUCGGCUCCCACAACGACUGCCGCGGGGAGUAUCCCAACCCCAGCGAGAGGGUCCAAUUCUACCGGGCCGGGCGGCUUCUGGUCAAGCCCCAAGAAUUCAACCACGAUCAGCACAGCUUCUCCUCAAAGCGCCUCCCACCCCGCAGGUUCUCCCCAGAGCGCCUCCCAGAGCGCAGGCUCGCCUCAAAGCGUCCCUGAGUACAACGGUGCCUCUGGAAUUGCACCAGGAGCCGCUCAGAUGGUUGGUAGUGCCAUCCUUUUAGCCAGCAUGGUUUUCUUUGUUUGA